AUGCUCAGCGUGGAUCUCAAUAGCGAGUACCGCGAUAAACGAAAAGAUGCUAUCAAGCGUGUCAUAGCAUCUAUGACCGUCGGUAAAGACGUCAGCGGCUUGUUCCCCGAUGUCCUCAAGAAUAUGCAGACAGAUGACCUCGAACAGAAGAAGCUCGUAUAUCUAUAUCUCAUGAACUAUGCAAAGACACAGCCAGAACUCGUCAUAUUGGCCGUGAACACCUUCGUCAAGGACUCCGAGGAUCCCAAUCCUCUCGUACGCGCACUGGCGAUUCGAACUAUGGGGUGUCUGCGUGCAGAGAAAAUUAUAGACUAUCUAUGCGACCCUCUUCAACGCGCCUUGCGAGAUCACAACCCGUAUGUUCGAAAGACUGCUGCGCUCUGCGCUGCAAAGCUGUAUGAUCUCAAGCCCGAGCUUGUCAUCGAGAAUGGUUUUUUGGAUCAGCUUCGUGAUAUGAUUUCGGAUAGCAACCCUAUGGUCGUGGCGAAUACAGUCGCAGCACUCACAGACAUCCACAUCUCAGCAACCUCCAACCAACCAUCUGACUCUACUUCCGAUCCCGCCGUAUUCUCCAUCACCUCCGCUAUACUGAACAAACUACUUAUCGCCCUCAACGAGUGUUCAGAAUGGGGUCGAGUCGCAAUUUUGAAUGCUCUAGCACGGUAUGACGCGACAGACGACAAAGAGAGUGAGCACAUCUGCGAACGCGUCGUACCUCAAUUCCAGCAUGUAAAUGGUAGUGUUGUUCUUGCCGCAAUGAAGGUCAUCAUGAUCCACAUACGCAAUUUGAUCCGCAAGAUGGCACCACCGAUAGUCACCCUGCUAUCGUCCCCGCCCGAGGUACAAUGGGUCGCGCUGCGGAAUAUCAACCUUCUCCUUCAAAAACGAUCCGACCUCCUUUCGAACGAAAUGAGGGUAUUCUUCUGCAAAUACAAUGACCCGUUGUAUGUCAAGAUCGAGAAACUUGAUAUCAUGGUCCGAUUGGCCAGUGAUAGCAACGUAGAUGCUUUGUUGAGCGAACUGAAAGACAUCAAAGCCAUUGGCCAGACAGCGAUUCUAAUUGAGAGCGCAGCAGAACGUUGUGUGAACGUAUUGUUAGAGCUCAUUAACACUCGCGUCAGCUAUGUGGUCCAAGAAGCCGUGGUUGUCAUGAAGGAUAUCUUCAGGAAGUACCCCUUAACAUACGAAGGUGUAAUCCCUACACUCUGCGCUAAUUUAGAAAAGCUGGACGAGCCAGAAGCGAAAACGUCCUUGAUUUGGAUUAUUGGCGAGUAUGCCGAUAAGAUCGACAACGCGGAUGAACUGUUGGGGAUAUUUGUUGACUCGUUCAUCGAGGAGUCGUACCAGGUUCAACUUCAAACGUUAACUGCAGUAGUCAAGCUAUUCUUGAAGAAACCUGACUCGUCCCAGGGAGUCGUUCAGCGUGUGUUGAAUACAGCAACGAAGGAUUGCGAUUCACCAGAUGUGCGGGACCGCGCUUACAUAUAUUGGAGACUCUUGUCAACAGACCCUGGCGCAGCGAAGGCUGUUGUCCUUGCUCAUCGGCCACCAAUAUCUAUCCCGAGAACAACGGUUUCGCCCGCGUUGCUUGAAGAGCUCCUCGGCGAGAUAUCAUCAUUAGCAAGUGUUUACCACAAACCUGCUCAAACAUUUGUUGGUCACGGACGGGUUGGUGCCGACUCAGUGCAACGCAAAGGAUCAGAAAUUUCAGAUGCUCAGAAAGCCCUCCAGACGGUUGUUGCUGGCCAACAAGCAGAGAAUCUUCUCGACCUUGGUGAUGAUUCCGCGCAGGAUGAGCAGCCUUCUGGACUCGCUGCUACUCAAAUACUUCCUUCGACACCCGCUGCAGCAAACUUCCUGUCAGGCACUUCCGCGAAUCCACUAGACGACCUUGUGUCGAUCUUCGGUGGUAUGGAAACUAUGGAUACGGGCGCAGGAUCACUGUCAACGGCGCUAUCGCCGACAGUGACAUCCCUGUCCUCGCCUUUCGAAGGAUUUGGAGGGUCGCCGGCGCCACCGUCCCAGCCGGCUCAGAAUGCGCAGCCCCAGGAGGACUUGUUAGGGUUGUUCUAAUGUACUUGACAUCACCAUGCGCAUGUACAUAUUUGCUCGGUGCCGUUAGCAGCCUUCCAUGUGUGGUACACAUACAUGUCGUCUGGUCGAUAUUUUCUGUUUAAGGAAUGGAUGGGUUAUUCAUCAU